UCCAUCUGCUGGUUAGAAAUCAGCUCCUCUGUGCCAACCAGUGAUGCCAUGAAAACAAUACCGAGCUGAGCUUCCUGCCAGAAAUCAGUGAAAACGACUCAUUAUCAUGUUUCAGUUAAAAUAAUAAAUAACCAAACCUUAAUUUUUAGCAACAGCCUGAACAAACUGGAGACAUCUGGACCGCAUCCAGCCGAGGGAACGUGUGAAUUUAGGUUUGCGUCCUCAUGGCAGCUUCCUUGCCUCAGAAGCCGGGCAUGGCCGGGAUGCCGGCCCAGCAGCAGCCUCACCUGCCCCCAGGUGCCCCCUCGGCCCCGGGGCAGCAGCCGGUCCCUCCUCAGGGAGCCCUGAGAGAAAUCUCCCCGGUGUUCCUCUGCAGGAUCGGACAGGAGACGGUGCAGGACAUCGUCACCAGAACCAUGGAGAUCUUCCAGUUCACACGAGCCACGCAGCUUCCUAACGGGGUGACCCAGAGCCAGGCCAUGUACCAGGACCGCUUCGGGAAGCUGCAGGAACACCUCCGGCAGCUCGCCCUGCUCUUCAGGAAGCUCCGGCUGCUCUAUGAGCGCUGUGUGGAGAUGACGUCCGACCUGCAGGAGGGUCCCACGGAGUUGGUGCCGUACGUUGGAGAGGAGCUGCUUUCUGUCAGAGUGGAGCCCUGCAGUCCUGCUGUCAACCAGGAGAGGAAGGAGGUUCUGGAGAAGGUGCGUCAGAAGAACCAGGAGAUGAAGGUUCUGAUGGACCAGAUGAGGAACCUGCUGUGGGACGUCAACGCCAUGCUGACGCUCAGGAAGUGAGAUCCGUUAUGUUGAGAACAGAGGGACAGACGGCGGACGGACAAACCAACGCCGAUCAUCGUAUAACUCCACCGUGGUCCUUGAUGAAGCAACAAACCCACCUGGGGACUCGGCAGCUCCUUGUACUGCUUCCUUUGGGCCACUUUGAUGGGCGGCAGGUGAGUCACGGCGGAAACCAGGAAGUUCAUCAGGAUGUCCUCGCAGUUGGAGGUCCGGUCCACCAGAGUCCUCAGAGACUGGGGCAGGUAGUGGGUGAACAGGUAGUGGUAGUACCUGAGGGGCAGAUCAGGGGGUUAGACGUCUGCAUGCGGGUUAUAGUUUAGAAUGUGUUUAUGGAAAGAAGAGGAGAAAUUACUGGGAAAAUGAAAACCGAAAAGCCCUAGAGCAGGUUAGAAAGACAUGUUAUCUUAAAAAGCAAGUACGUUUUAAAAAGUUGUACCGUUUGACAGUUCCUACUUGACUGUCUUUAACUGCCAACAUGUUUAUUGCUUAAAAUUUGUAUAUCUAUAAAAAUAUUUGUGAUUUUUUUAGGUUGAUGUAUCAGAUACUUUCCAAAAUUGUGCAUUGACCCAUUUUCAGCAGUUUUUAAAAAUUUCUUUUGCAUAUUUGAAGCUAAUUGGACAAAAUCUACUGAAGAGUGGGGUCAGAAAAUGAAAAAUAUUUCCAUAUUUAUGAAACAAAAUAUAUUUUUUCUUAGUUAUAUUGGGAGAACCAUUUUGAAACCCCAAGAAUCUGUUGUACCAAUAUUUUGUAAUUGUGUUAAAGCUGGUCAUACCUGCUUAAUAAUUUUUAGUGUCAAAAUGAGUGAACAAAUUAUUCAAAAUGGGCUAAAACUACACAUGACUUGUCCAGAAUAAUCACGAGAGGAAAACCAAAGCUACUCUGUCAACAAAUAAAUGCAGCCUGGCUCAGAAACAGUGAAGAGAGGAGAUAAAGUUGUUGGGGAUCCAUUCAGCAUGGAGAAACAUCUUUCUACUGAUGAUGAGCAGAGACUUAAAACUGGACCAAAAAUCGGCCAAAAUGACCCCAAAAAAAUGUCAUAUUGACCUAAUUUUCGGUAUUUUUAGCGAGUUUAGAGACAUUUUUGGAUUUUUUUGGUACUUCAGACAGAUUUUUAGUCAAUUCGGACAAUUUUAUAUGACUUUGGACACGUUUCAAGAAAAACAGUGAGCAAAAGAAGCUGUACGAAGUAAAAUGUUUAAAGAAUAUAGAGAUACAUUUUUACAUUUUUGUAUCUUAAGUAAGAAAUUCAGCCUUAAAUUCUUAUUUCUUCUGAAUUUAUUGAGCCCAAAGUGAAGCUGUAACAGGAGCAGAAACUGCUUAGAGGGUUAAACAGCUGAUAUUUUUCCACCGAGCGCCUCUUUUACACAUUUUCUAUUUGAUUUUUAUUUACAUUCUGUUGCAGGAAUAUUUGCCACAUUUGCUGCCAGUGUUUUUUACAUCCUAUCACACUUUGUCCAAUCACAAUUUCUUCAUCCAACCAUAAAAAUAUACAUAAAUAUCUUGUUAAAAACAUGUUUUUACAUCACAGAUGCAGGAGGAAGACAGAAAGGGUGUAAAAGACAUUAAUAUCUAUAGAAACUGUAGGAGCUGAGAUGUAUGUUGAUGAUAUGUAUCUGGGACGAGUUUCACCGCCAACAGGAUUCACAUUUCUAGAGCAGAACCAGUAAAACCCACCGGUGGAAAACGUACGGAUUUAUUCUGUCAGUUUUACGUCACAGCUGCAACAGACAAACCUUAAUUAUAUUCCUUUAAAUCAUAUUCAAACUGUGCUUUGGAGCUAAAAUCAACUACAUUUAUGUGUACACAAGCAAUUAAAUCUAGGAAUCAGCUGCUUUUUCUUUGCGGAAUUAAUCAUAUUUUUAUUCAUUUUUUGGUGCAAAAACAGCAUUUAGUUCAGUCAGGUCAGUUUAUUCACACAAUAAGUGAUCUAUAAAAGUCUGAAAUGAAUCAUAAAAUACUAAAUUACAGUAAUUUUGGAUAAUUUGGGGUAACCUUAGACAGAUUUGUGUCAUGUUUAACAAUUAUUGAGUCAUUUUUGUAUAAUUUUGGUGCUCUUGGUUUUCAUUUUUAACAUUUUUGAGUAAUUUCUGACAAUUUAUGAGCAAUUCUGAGCAAUAAUUGAGUAAUUUUGGAUCUUUUUUUUGCUACAUUGGACAGUUUUGUGCCACUUUUAACAAUUAUGCAGUGAUACUGGGCGACUGUUGUGUUAUUUGGAACAAAUUCUGAUUCAUUUUUGGACAAUUUGAGGUAACCUUAGACAGAUUUGUGUCAUUUUUAACAAUUAUUGAGUCAUUUUGGAAUAAUUUUUGUAUAAUUUUGGAACGCCUGUCAUUUUGAAUAUUUGUUUUAGUAAUUUUCAGCAAUUAUUGAGUGAUUUCGGACAAUGUAUUAAUAAUUUUCAACAGUUACUGAGUAACGUGGUAACUUUUAUGCUAUAUUUGACAGCUUUUGGGUAAUUUUGAGUGAUAUUGCACAUUUUUUUGUGUCACUGUAAACAGUUAUUCAGUAAUAUUGGGCUACUUUUGAGUAAUUUUGAACAAUUUUUGAAGCAUUUUGGACAUUUUAUGACUAACUUUCAGCAAGUGUUUAGUCAGUUUCAAUAUUUUGUAUUCAAUAGUGGACAGAUUUUGUGUAAUUUAGAUUUUUGUUGUGUGAUUUUGAGAAUUCUUGAGUCAUUUUCAACUAUUAUUCAGUAAUACUGGGCGACGUUUGUGCUAUUUUGAAUAACUCUGGAGCCAUUUGGGGUAACCUUUGUCAUUGUUAACGAUUAUUGAGUCAUUUUAGAAUCAUUUUUGUCUAUUUUUUCAGACAUUUUUAUUUAAUUUUGAACACUUUUUUGGAGUAAUUUUGGGCAUUUUUCUCUUUAAGAAAAAAGAGGGAAAAAUGAAUAGAAAAAAAAAGAGGAAAAAAUCCUUCUUCAAACUAAAUCACUUUAUAAACUCUUGGGUGUUAUUUUGUUUUUAUAAUAAUUAGAGUCAGGUAAAGUUGUAUUUUAUUACAUUCUGGCAUUGUUUUAGGCUGUAAUGUUUAAACAAAUCUGAUAAAUUCACAUAAAUAACAUGAUUCGGGUUAUUUGUCGGAUUGAUUUGUUCCAUUAAAUGUGCUAAAAAGCAAAACAUUAGUAGAAGAAAAUAAAUGCUGA